GACUGUGGAACAGUACAGAGAUGACCAGAGACUGCGGACACAGUACAUGACCAAGACUGCGGACAUAGUAACAGGGGAUGACCAUAAAGACUGCGGACACAGUACAGGAGACGACCAGAGACUGCAGACACAGUACAGGGGAUGACCAGAGACUGCGGACACGGUACAGGAGAUGACCAGAGACUGCGGACACAGUACAGGAGAUGACCGGAGACUGCGGACACAGUUACAGGGGAUGACCAGAGACUGCAGACACAGUACAGGAGAUGACCAUGGAGACUGCGGACACAGUACAGGGGAUGACCAGAGACUGCGGACACAGUACAGGGGAUGACCAGAG